AAACGACGGGGACGGCGACAACGUACCCGACGUGAUGAUGCCAACACCAAAUCGACGGCUGUUGCAUCGCAAUGUCAAUUGAACAAGUGGCUCUUUUUAUUUGUGUAUUCCUUCAUUGCCAGCCUCAGUAACACCGUCGUGCACGCCUACAUACACGACUUUGUGGUCAGGCAGCCCUUGCCGGACGUCCUGCACUCGGUGUUUCCCGAGCAUGAAUGGGCCUACUCUUUGUCUCACUGCUUCGUGAAGGCUUCUUUCGCCAGUUUCUGCUUUCUUCUUAUUUUUCACAAGUUCCGAGCCAUCGUUGCUCGCCGCUUUCUGUUCAUUGGCGCAACGCUCUUCAGUUUCCGUUGUUUUACGCUCGUAGUCACACAGUUGCCCUCA